AUGACUCCAACCGACCUACCAAGUCCAACGCUGUACAUCACAUCGGUUUCUACAAACCCCAGUGUGGUGGCUCAUGCAUAUCCUUGUGGCCUGUCAUCCUCGGUGUUCUACGGUGACAUGGCUUGGGAUGACUUCGAUAAAGCCGGCGAGGUUUUCGCUUGUGCUGUGUCCGAUACUAAUACAGCCAAAGGUGACCAGUCUCUAUGGUUCAAAAAAACGUCAGAGGCAUCCAUCAAGAGCACAGGACUCUUGGGGAUGAUUUUUCUAGCUUCAGUUUUGAUCAAUGUGGCUCUCUGGUUGUGA